AAAAUCAGGUUCUUUGUUCUCUCGCUCUCUUUUUUUUUUUUUUUUAAUUUCAACACCAUUCGGUUCUGUAUGUUAGGCUUUUUUCAACAAGACGCUUGAUCACUGCGCAUUCUCGGUGUGGCGUAGCAUGCGCAGUCAACAAAAGUCUGCUUGAACGAGACUAAUACAUUCGGAUAGCAUUUAUAUGAGUCAUAUCCGUUAACGAAAAUUCUAGAAAGUUCCAAACGACUAUUAGGUACGUGAAUCGUGCAACCGGCAGCCAUAUUUGAAUCCCAUUUCAGGCUGUGCACACGACACUUCAAAAUUGCCACAAAAGAUAAACAGACUGACUGGAAAAGGUAUUUUGACCAUCAGUAUGUGUUUCACAAUAAGAUCCAGCCUUUGUGUUAUCUGUUUAACACUGCACACCCUCUCCUGUCUAAUCACCAUGGGACAUGCUACUGAUGGACAGGACUUCGCCUCACAACCUACAGAUUCUUCAGAUACCAAUCAAUAUUUGAUGCCGACCAAUACCUUGCCUAUGGAGCAUGAUGAUCAUGAGGAAACACCGGAAGAAAUUUUAAAAGCACGCAACUUUUAUAUAAGAGAUUUAUUGGAAAGAUUUGGUAGUAACAAUGUAUUAAGUUACGACGAAAUUAUUUACAUGUUGGAGAGUCUGGGGUUAAGCAUAAAUGUUCUACCUAAACACGUCCACAGCGGACACUCUCAUCAUCCGAAUGAUAGUCAUGCUGGCCAUAGUCAUGAUGCAGAUCAUUCAGAGCAUAUCCAUGAUUCGGAUCACAAAAAACAUCAUCCUGACACAGACCAUGCAGAUCAUCAUCAUGACCAUGAUCACACGAACCAUGGUGAUCAUAGCGAAGAAAAACAUCAUCCUGACACAGACCAUGCAGAUCAUGAUCAUGACCAUGAUCAUACGAACCAUGGUGAUCAUAGCGAAGAAAAUCAUGAUGACGAUCAUGAUCAUCACCAUGCACAUUCUAACAAUACAAAUGAAGAUAUUCAUAAACAUUCAGAUGACUCUGACCAUGAUGAUGUCCGCAAACGUCGUUCAAAUGAUCUUGUAAUGGGCCAAAGAACAAAGAGAUCUGAGGUUGUACACAAUCAUUUAGGGGUUACUGUUGAGUCUAAGACAGAUGAUGGAAAGUGUGGCAGCCUGUUCAGCCAAUUCCACAUCCACAAGGAUGAAACGGUGAAUGCGGAAAAGUUGAUACAGAUGUGUCCAGGAAUAUUGUCUACACUUUCUUGGGCCCAAUGUAGGGAAAAUAAAGCUCAUCAUGAUGACAAUCCAGUUGAGCAGGCUUCUGCCAUCAGCUUCAGAGAAAUACCAGCAGAAGUAUGGGGAUAUUCAACCAUUGCUAUAAUCAUCAUCAGUAUGGUUGGACUUCUGGGUGUGGCUGUUGUCCCUAUCAUGCAGAAAGUGUUUUACAACCAUCUGCUCCUGUUCCUAGUGGCUCUGGCUAUUGGGGCCUUAUCAGGGGACGCUAUGUUGCAUCUCUUGCCACAUGCACUACAGGGUGGUGAUGAUCAUGACCACAGCAGCCAUGGCAACAGUAAGGCUGAUGACAAGCACACAACUGCAAUCCUCAAGGGUCUGUGUGGAAUGAGUGCCAUUUUCCUUUUCUUCAUCAUGGAGAGGGUUCUGUCUAUCAUCACAAACCUUAAACGAAAACACAAGAAGAACGGGUCUGUGUUUGUGAAGGAGUCGGGAGAACAAGUUGAUGAUAAUACAAACAUUCCUCUGACAGAGUGUGGUGCAAUGCGUGUCACUGACUCAGAUUGUAAGGAACAGAUCAUGGGCAUCCAUCCCGGACAAAAAGCCCUCACCAACUUUGCGGAAUCAUCUCACAAGGAGUGUUCACGUGAACAUGAAGACCACAGCGAUAAAGACAGACAAUUUGACAUGGUGGAUCAGGAGAACCCUAGUUCUGUUCUUAGCCACUCCCACCACCACCAUGGCCACUCUCAUAUACUGCCAACCUCUGUAGCAUCCAUCGCAUGGAUGGUCAUUCUUGGAGAUGGAAUCCACAACUUCUGUGAUGGCCUGGCGAUCGGUGCUGCCUUCUCUAGUUCUAUUACUGGUGGAUUUAGUACCUCUGUGGCUGUCUUCUGCCAUGAACUGCCACAUGAAAUUGGUGACUUUGCUGUGCUGUUGAGGGCAGGAAUGACGGUGAAGCAGGCAGUCAUGUAUAACUGUGUAUCCUCUAUCCUGGCAUUCAUAGGCAUGUUGAUUGGUGUUGCUAUCGGAAACUUCGGAGAUUCCAUUUCCUGGGUGUUUGUGUCUGUGGCCGGCAUGUUCCUCUACAUAGCAUUGGUAGACAUGUUGCCGGAGCUAACUGCAGUGGACACACGUCAAGGGGAACAUCCAUUUACCCACCUUCUCAUCCAGGUAGGUGGCAUGAUCAUAGGGGCAACCAUUAUGCUCCUCAUCGCCCUGUAUGAAACGAAACUCAUGAACAUCUUGGAACCAGUGUAAUGAGGAACAACUAUCAUUUGCACCUGUAUCAUGAAAAAGACCCAAGUUUAGGAAGAGAAGAAAACAACAACUUGUCCUGAAUCCAGUUUAACUGUGAAGAAAUCAGUAAUGGGAUCGAAAACAUCAGAGACCAUUUCAAAAAUAAUCUAAUACCAUCUAAAAUGCUAUAAACAUUUGUAUCUUGUGAGAGUCAUUCCAUUAAAAUAUCAACCAAACAGAGGGACUCUAGGCUUGUUAAACAGGAACCACUGGAAAAAAAAUUUGAACAGAACCAGUAAUUAACCGAUUUACUCCAACACACACUAUGUACUGUAAACGUGGAAAUUUACGUGAGGGGGGAAAUUUACGCUAAUUACACGGAGUCCUUUAAACGCAAAAAUUUCCCCCACACGUAGUAUUUUAUAUCAAUUUGAGUAAUCUCGUACUUCAAACGAAGGUGGGUCAUAACGAAAAAUUACCCCCACGCGUAUUGUUUACAUAUUGAAAUCGCGAAAUUAAGCCCCUACAAAAAUAUCAACAUUUACAGUAUAGAAUUUCUUAAUCCUGUAGUCCUCCUGUAGGAUAAAUAUUUUACUUGAAUAGCUCUUUAGUAAUAUUUUUUGGUUUGCUGUUGCUGUUUAAUAUCUAAAUGCAGACAAGAUCUUGCCUUAUAAUUUUUCCUUAUACAUAUUUAUUUAUUUAUUUUUGUUAGGGGAAGUCAUUUUGAUUUAUACCAAAUCACAUUAAGUUUUACUGAUAAUUAAAUGUAUUUGCUGUUUCUCGUUUCAACCAAAUUAACUGAAUUGACCUACAUUUAUUAUUUCAAUUUCUAAGUUUGACCUCUGAGAUUGGUCAUUUUGAACCUAUCAGCAACUGGGACCAACUCCUCAAAAGAGCAGUUUUAAAAUAGGAGCAACUGCUUAAUAAAUCAAAUUCAAUUUGGAGCAUAUGAUCAAUACAUUUUCUUUGUGUUUCCUUUAAGAUUGUAUUUAAAAUUUACUUAAGUAAGCUUGUUCAGUAAUGAUAUGUUAAUAUGUUAUAAUAUUCUGGAUAUUCAAGAACGAUAGUCAAAUAAUAUUCUACAAGUAGCUCGUGUUUUUCAAAUACAUGAGACUAAUAUAAGUAUCUUGAAAACUUGACCGUCAAAGUAUAUCCAAAUAAUAUACAGUAUGCUACAUUUAGUAGGUACUGUGUUGUAGUAGUAGGAUGCUGUACUGAUGAUCAUCAGGAUAAUUAGUUCCCAGCACACAGGCACUGUAUUGUAUCUUUGAAAAAGAUACUUUACUCCGUUGUGUUCCAGCGGACUCGGAUGUAAAUAAGUAUAUAAUGCAAGAAAUGUUAUGUGUAAGCUUUUAGUGUGUAAAAUGGUAGCUCCGGCUGUAUGCUUGCCAAUGGGUACAGACAAGACAUGGGCUUGUUGCUAAAGGCCUAGUUACCACAAAUAAUGAUUUGUGAACCACUUUAAGAUGGAGGUAUUGCUGCGAUAUAGCGAUAUGUAAGAGCUUAAUAUUGUAAUAGUUAUUGUUCCAAAAUAUAUACCAUAAUAAUAUAAAGCAAAAUUAAUACAAAUCCAAGAUGUAUAUGUUUUAAACAUAGGGUAGUGUUUUAGGUGUUCUGACAUAUCCUUAAAGGAAAAUGUUGAUAAUAUUGAUACUAAGAUCUAACGAAUCUGCUUUUUAAUGCAGAAAGUGUCAGAAUACAAACUUAUAAGGUAACUGAAACAAAAAUCAUUUUCAAACAAAAAUAUCUGUACAUUUCUCAAAUUUAGCACAUUACUGUUUUUGUUUUUUUUAUGUCGCUCUGUUACAGCUGUUAAUGAAACAUGCAUAUACCACUUUUUUUGCUAUACUUCCCGUAAGCUUACUUUGAAAUCUAUGCACUUCAAGUUUUUUUUUAUAUACAUGUAAUCAAAUUGUAACAAAUAUUGUAACCAUGUUAAUUUGAGUAUCCACAACAUUUACCGGGUACCAUAGAAAACUGUACAAAAACUGAAUAAUACAUUGUCCGUUCAAUAAGCUCUGGAAUAAGUUUACUACAAAACUAGGACAAUAGUAUCACAAGCCAUGCACUGCCCAGUAAUGAUUUAAUUUUUAUUUUACUAUUUUAUUUAUCUAUUUUUGUUUUGUUUUUGUUGUUUUUUUGUUGAGGAAACAAUGCCAUGAUAAAAUAAAACAAACAAAAAAUAAUUCCCUUGAAUUAAACAUUUAUUAAUAUUAUGAUUAUUAUCCUAAAUGGUUAGAAAUCUUUGACUAUUAUCUUUCAAAUGUUAACCUAUCAAUAGUAAAAUCAAAGCACAAAUUGAGAAAACAUAAAGGCAUUUUUUAGAUGCAAAAUCAUGGCUGAGAAUUUUCCAAUUUGAUUAUAAAAUGUUGAUGUUAAUGUAGUGGGUCGAUCAUAGAAAAAAAUAAUUUGAAAAACUAUCAUGCAAAAGUACCCACAUAAUGUAAAAGAGCUCAUCAAUAUAUUUCAUAAAACUUUGGAAAUUAGCCUAAGUUUCCUCUAGCCCUGACACUAACAUCAGACAUGGUGUCAGGGCAAGAGGAAACUUAGGCUAUUUGGAAACAAAGUAAUAUCUAAUUGUGUAAAUGAGUGAACCUGCAUUUAUUUUUAAGGGAAAAAAGGUCACACUUGUAAAAUGUUGAUACUUUUAUGCACAAUAAUAUAAAUGUUUUUGCCUAUUGUGUAAAUGUGGGUAACUGAUUGCAUUCUGAUACCAAGUAAAUGAGUAUACCCCAUUUGUAUUCAGAUAAAUGCUUUGUCUCAUUGUGUCAAUGAAGAUACCUCAGUGGCAUUGGAUUUUUUUUUUAAUUGUGUAAAUGAGGAUACAUGUAUGUAUUCAGAUAAAUCAUGUUUUGGCUUAUUGUGUAGAUGAGGAUAACCGUAUAAUUAUAUUCAGAAUUGUUUUGGCUUAUUGCAAUUGUGUAAAUGAGGAAACCUCUAUAGAUAUAUUCAGAAAUGUUUUGGCAUAGUGUGUAAAUGAGGAUAUAUGUAGGAAUGUGUAAAUGAUGAUACAUGUAUAUACUAGUAUUCAGAAACAUUUUGCCUUAUUCCGUAUAAUGUAUACUGAAUGUUUUGGCUUAUUAUGUAAAAUGUAUUGAGAUAAACAUUUUGGCUUGUUGUGUAAAUGAAAAUAUAUGUACAUGUCAGAAACAUUUUGGCUUAUUGUGUAUAAUGUAUACAGAAUGUUUUGGCUUAUUGUUGUGUAAAUGAGGAUACCCGUAUAUGUUGAGAAUAGUUUAGAAUUAUUGUUUAAAUGAGGUUGUGUGUAUGCAUUCAGAUAAACAUACAUCUGUAUUAUGUAUAAUCUGUUACGAUAUCCCCGGUGUCGUGGGUGACAGCAUUGCCUGUGGACAGCUAGGUUUAAGUUUUCACAAGCUGUUGUGUCAAUGCUAAUGAGGAUACUACUUAGGUAUUUGACCUGUGUAUUUCUUGUAACAAGACUUCUCCAGUAGAACUAUAUUUGUAGACCGGCUGACCUUGACCAUGACAUAUGAGCUAAUUUUUGAAUUGUUUACCUUUGCUACAGUAUGUUAAAUGUAUGAGAUAAUGUUUCUGUAUAAGACAGGUGUUUCUUGUGACCAGGUCUUUCCAUUGGUACUACAUUUGCUGACUUGACCGUGACCUUUGACAUUACUUUUUAAAAAACUAAUUUCGAAUUUCAACCCAUUUGGCAAGCUCUGUUGUCUCCUGACAACACAUGUUUUUCUUGUUGUGUAAAUGAAGAUACUUCUGUGUGCUUUCAGAUAAAGUUUUGUAUCUAAGUACAGAUAACGGUAAUAAUGCACUUUGAUAGUGUUUCUGAUAUUUUAGAGUGUCAAACAAAUGUAAAAUUAUGAUGUUUUUUUGUUGUUUUUUUUUUUUUUUUUUUUGCCAGUAAUGUGUUUUUUGUUCCUUAUAUGUGUUAAAGGAAGACCAAGUGUAAUGACUUAUAAUAUUCACAUGUAAACAGUGCUAUGGAUAUAAGUUAUUUUUAAAUUAUGAUAAAUUCCCAUGAAAAAAUAUAUCAAGAUUAAAUGUAAAUUCUUGUACAUUCAUAUGUAUAACAUUCCAGUCCCAUUUGUUUGAUUUGGAAAUCCACUUAACACCCCCCACAUAUACACAACAAGCUAAAUUUAGCCUUGAAGCAAUCCCUCACAUGUAGAAACACCCAUAAAUGGACUGUUAACUAUGUUAAUGUCAUGUGUGCAAUGCUAGUGAUGAGUUGACUUGUAUUACCAGCUGGUAAUAUGUAGCCAACAACAUUUUGUUUGAAAUUAUCCUUUGAACUUCAUCAUAUUUUGAAAGGGGCAAGGAAGUUGAAGAUUUUUUUUCUGAACCUAAACAUCCAAUGUAAUACGUUGAGGUUGUUUUCAUAAUUAUUGUCCUUAGAUAUUUUUUUUUCUAAAAUCAGUAUUGAAAUUCCAGAGUUAGGCUCUUGUUGAAGUUUUUUUUAAGAUUAUUGUAUUUAUAUCCUCCAUUGGUAAGAGUGUUUCAUGUACGGAUUUUAUUACAUUACCAAUUAAUGUUUAUGCGUGACAGUUUUGAUUUCCAGUACGGUAUGAUCAGGGUAGCAUAUGUACACAAAGAUUUAAAUGUACGAGUUGUCUUCAAAAUUCAAAGAUCAAUGUUGAUUUCAGCUAUGCUGCAAUAUACAAUACUAUAUACUGUAGUGCUGUAAUUGUUUAUGAAUAUUGAUAAGGGUGAUAUUCAGUAUUCAUUAUGCCUGUCUGUGGGACAUAUUUCAUUUGUAUUUCACUUAGGAUCAUCAAAACUUAGAUGUGGACACCUCUUUGUAAGACUAAGUGUUACGUGUGUACAUGUACAUUAAGAUGUACUGCGCAUAGUACAACUUGACAACACAUUUUCAGUACUUUUGUCACAUCUUAGCGAUUUUACAGACUAUAUGUAACCUAUAUACAGUGUAUUUUAUUAUGCAUGUAUAUAUGAAUGUUUUUUCUCUUUUUUUUUUAAAAGUUGACCUUCAUAAAAGGAAUUUUUGCACAAUUUUUAGUUUAGGAUACAGAAAUAUCUCUGAUAAGAUGACUUAAUAGUCAAUGAAGACCAGAGAGAGCAUACAAUUCUUUGGGAUUCUUGUUCACUGUUGCUUUUUUGUGUGGCUUUUGAAUAUGAUAUGUUAUAUAAUGGGAUUUAAUGAAUACAGUAUCUUAAGCUACUGUCAAGUGUACUGAUGUGGCCUCUAUAGAUAUUUAGAAGGUAAGCUUAUUGACAAUUUUUUGUUUAUUUAGUAGUGGAUAUCAAGUACAAAGAUCUAAUCUAAGUUAUGUCUUGUUUAAAAUUCUUUAAAGCAUGCAAAGAAGAUGAAUCGGUGCUUUUGAUACUGUAACUGUUUUUUAGAAUGAACAGUAAUCUUACGUAGCUGCAUCAAGAUAAAACUUUAUGUUUUUGUCAAUACAUUUGUAUUCAUUAAAGUAAAAAUUAUCAUUUUUACAAAAAUUAUUUUCUCAAUAAAACAUGAAAGUCUGUGCAAAAUUGUGCUUUUUAUUGUAAGCAUUAUGAUAGCUGUUUUGUAGGAUGCAGUACACAUUUUAGAUGCAUAGUGGGCUACUUGUUUUGAUACAUAAAUGUGUAUUUCUAUACUUCUCUGGCUAUUUUGUGGUUUUGAUGCCAAAUGACCUUUAGCAAUCGAACCCAAUUCAACACUGCUCAAGUUCCACCUUGAUUUAAGCGUGAAGAAAGAGACAGUGAUAUCAGUAUAAAGUUAAAACUUGAUGACAGUGGUGUGUACUUACAGUUUAGGUAUUAUAUGUGCCAUUUAAACAGUCCAGUAGCCAAUUCACACCAAGUUGAUAAUUCUUUGACACAAAACACUUUGCUACAUCAUUGUACAGCUUCAAUUUACCUAAUUCAAACUUGGUGGCAUUGGUUGUUAAAAUAAGGAAUGUUUGUAUCAAGUGCAACAAUUAUAGAUGGGCAGAUGUAAAACUCCAGAAAAUAGCUUUUCAUUUGUUUUUCCUCUACAUUCCAUUUUUGUAUUUACUGGGCCACCAUUUUCAAUCCAAGUUACUGGAAUAGCCUGGAAAUGUCAUGAUUUGUGUCUGAUUGCUAUUUAUGUGGAUUUAAUGAUUGAUUCAUGAAAAAGAGGUAAUGACAUUUCACCGUUAAAUAUGUAAUUUAGCUGUUUAAUAUGAUCAAAUCCAAACUUUAAAAAGAAGAGGUUACGCAGCGCCCGUCAUAAGUUUCAUGACUUCAAAGGAGAUUUCAUGUCAAUUUUUUUCUCUCAAAACUUUUUUUUAUUACCAUAUUUUUUGGUUAAUGUUAUCCCGGUAAGCGCAAAUGCAUAAUAUGAACAUUCACGUAAUGUGACAUGUCACCUAUCUAUCCAUCGUCGGCCGUUUUCUUCAAAACAUGCCUUAAAGGUUCCAGAGAUGUUAAACAGGUGAGCGUAUGUAACUGUUACACAAAUUGUGUUCUGAUCAUAAAAGUCUGAUCUAACUCUUACACACAUUGUGUUCCGACAAAAAAAAUUUCAUAGCUUUUAUAAAUAUAUGUAUUAUGAUAGUGUUGUAUCUUAGUUUAGUAGACUGUAGAUGUUUCCAUGUUUAGUUGUUGAGGUAGAAAUGUCAUUUCAUGACUCCAAUUUGUAGUGUAGCAUUUAUCUUAUUUGUCCAUCAUGACUCUAACUUGAAAUAUGUUCACAACUGUUAAUUUGUGUCAAUCGUUUUGAAUAAAUUGGCUUUGCAUUUGCAAA